CGUGCGUCGCGCGCCGGCCACUCGCGCGAAGAAGAAUAGAAACCAACGAGUUUUGUUCACAAGCGUGUCGCGUUCAUACACUUUUAUUAUACAACAAUCUGAAUUUUUAAGGCUUAAACCACACAGAAAUUGCCAUGGAUGUUGGGGAGCUGCUGAAUUAUCAGCCCGACCGAGGUGCCAAGAGACCCAGAGAUGAAGACCGCCACGAGGAGUCCAGAAGCAAGCAGAAGACGGCGGGCCGCGACACAGGACGGGUGCUGGUGAGAUCAGAGCCGGACAGCGAGGAGCAGACAGGAGACGGAGAGAAGAUCCUGGAGAGACUGAUGGAUCAGGAUGGAGAAGAUCCAGAGGGUGAGCUUGUGGAUGAGAGCACAGUGAAGAAGAUGAUCCUGACCUUUGAGAAGAGAUCCUACAAAAACCAGGAGCUGAGGAUCAAGUUUCCCGACAACCCCGAGAAGUUCAUGGAGGCGGAGCUUGACCUGAAUGACAUCAUCCAGGAGAUGCAUGUCAUCGCCACGAUUCCAGAGCUGUAUCAUCUGCUGGUGGAGCUGAACGCCGUCCACUCUCUGCUCGGCCUCCUCAGCCACGACAACACUGAUAUCAGCAUCGCGGUGGUGGAUCUCCUGCAGGAGCUGACAGACAUCGACACGCUUCACGAGAGCGAGGAGGGUGCCGAGGUGCUCAUCGACGCUCUGUUAGAGGGUCAGGUCGUAGCUCUCAUGGUGCAGAAUAUGGAGCGUUUGGAUGAGACGGUGAAGGAGGAAGCUGAUGGCGUUUACAACACUUUAGCUGUGAUCGAGAACAUGGCCGAGUUUCGUCCCGGUCUGUGUACAGAAGCGGCCCAGCAGGGUUUGAUGCAGUGGCUGCUGAAGAGGAUCAAGGCCAAGAUGCCUUUUGAUGCCAAUAAGCUGUACUGCAGUGAAAUACUGGCUAUCCUGUUGCAAAACAAUGACAAAACGAGGGAGCUGUUGGGAGAAAUGGACGGGAUUGAUGUACUACUGCAGCAGCUCUCAGUGUUUAAGCGUCAUAAUCCAGCCACGGCGGAGGAACAGGAAAUGAUGGAGAAUCUGUUUGAUGCCCUCUGUUCUUGCCUCAUGCUUCCAGCCAAUCGUGAUCGUUUCCUCAGGGGGGAGGGGCUUCAGCUCAUGAACCUCAUGCUCAGGGAGAAGAAGGUGUCUCGAGUCAGUGCUCUGAAGGUCCUGGACUACGGGGUGAUCGGUCCAGAGGGGUCGGAUAACUGUCACAAGUUUGUGGACAUCCUGGGCCUGCGGACCAUAUUCCCUUUGUUCAUGAAGACGCCCAAGAAGAUGAAGAAAGUGGGAGUAUCGGACAAGGAGCACGAAGAGCAUGUGUGCUCCAUCAUCGCCUCCAUGCUGAGGAACCUCAAAGGGCAGCAGAGAAGUCGUCUCCUCAGCAAGUUCACAGAGAACGACUGCGAGAAGGUCGACAGACUCAUGGAGCUGCAUUUUAAGUACCUGGAAGCCAUUCAGCUCGCAGACAAGAGGAUCGAAGGAGAGAAGCACGAUAUGGUUCGUCGUGGAGAGAUAAUCGACGAUGCGAUGGACGAUGAGUUUUAUCUGCGGCGGUUGGACGCCGGACUCUUCGUCCUUCAGCUCCUCUGUUAUAUCAUGGUGGAGAUCUGUAACGCUGGCGUUCCUCAGUUACAGCAGAGAGUCCAUCAGAUCCUCAAUCUCAGGGGAGGAUCCGUCAAAAUAGUCCGUCAUAUAAUGAGAGAAUACGCAGAAAAUAUUGGCGACGGCAAGAGCGAGGAGUUUAAGGAAAGUGAGCAGAAGAGGAUUAUGGAACUACUUGAGAACUUCUAAAAAUCCAGUUGGAGCUCAGUGUGGGUUUUCCUAAGCGUUUUUUUUUUUCUGCGUUACGGUGAAGCUACAUGUAUUUUGACCAAUCCUCAUCCUGUCCUGACUGGACCACAAAAAUCUGAAGUUUAAACAUUCACGUGGCUGAUUGUAUCCCAACAGAUUGGAUCUGGAUAUUGAAUCUGUUGAUAUCCAACACAUUUUGUUCAUGUUUAUAGUUGUAACUGUUUUCUAGGCCUGAUAUUUUGUGUCAAAACAACUUCAGUUUUCUUGUAAUUAAAGUUUGUGCUUUUCUUUACUUCGUGCCGUUUCCUUCAUUAGAUUUUGUAGCCUAGAUCACCUUCCAGGAGACUUAAUGUCUCAUUAGACCAAUUCAGGCAGCAAAACAACUCUUGUGCUGAAACAUAAUUUAGGAAAAUGUUGUGUUUAUGUCUCUGUUCUCCUCUCCAGCGUUCCUGUAGAUGGCUGAUUAAGUGAAGGAUUGUGGCUUUCCUAUCUUUCCAGCCUUUGUUUGUCAUCUCAUCAUUCAGGUCCCUUUAUAUGGAUCCAGGGUCCAAAAUUAACAUUCUAAACCUGCUAAUGGCUGGUGGAUUUUACUGUAUGUUGCUUCUUUGUCUUGCUGCUUCUCCCUGGAAUAUGUGUCAAACAACGGACGCCAUUGUGUCACUGGCAGCGUUAUACAUUUGCCAUUCUCUCAGUGAAUCCGCAAACUCUUAAUUGUGUUUCUCUUAUUUUAGUUUCAGUGGGAAAUGUCAACACAUGGAGUUUUGGAGUUCUGACAGUAAAAUAUUUGGCUUCUUAAUAAGCUAAGCCAAACUUCUCAAGGUAAAUUUC